ACACCCUGGUUGACGUUAGAGAACCUUCUGCUAAUGUCUGUUCCUGUCUCAGCUUUAAAGAUGAAGGAGAAGUCAAACAGCCAAUACGAGUCCUUCCUCUUCUGGAGGCAGCCAAUCCCAGCCCUCGAUCUAUCCGAGCUGGAGAAUAUGGGUUUGACUGACGGUCAGUCGACCAAUAGCAGAAAAGGAAAAGACAAGCUGCCCAAACUGAGGCGUCAGGACGAGGAGACGAAGCUGCAGGAGUUUUCUUCCUUUAACUACUGGAGAGCUCCGAUCGCUGACGUGGACACUCUGCUCGCCGACCUCAACCUGCUGCUGUGAGACCAGACCACCUGUCCCCUGAUCCAAGACCACCUGUCCUCUGAACCCAGACCACCUGUCCUCUGAUCCCACACCGCAUGUCCUCUGAUCCCAGACC